AUGCCCCUCCACGACUUCCCAAGCCUAGAUGCCCUACUGGAGCGUGCAGAACGCAAAUUCUUUGAUAUCUUCGGGGAGGCAUCGACUGUGCAGGUCUUAGCGCCGGGUCGCGUGAACCUCAUCGGCGAGCACACGGACUACAACCAGGGCUUUGUCCUUCCCAUGGCCCUGCCGAUGUUCACAAUAAUGGUGGCGCGUGCCUCCCCCGGCAAUAAAUGCAGCAUCCAUACCAUGAAUGAGGGCAUUAAGGAGGAGAACACCACCGUAUUUAGCCCACCCUCAGCAAUGGAAAUGCCCGGUGCGAAAGUGGAGAAGUGGCCGGCCUACAUCCGAGGCGUCAUGUCAACCUUCCAGCGCCUCGAGCGCUAUCACUAUUUUGAAGGAAAGGCCUUCUUUGAGAAACAAAGUAAGUUUGUGCGGUAG